AUGGCUGAAAACCAAAUUCCACACGAGCUGUUAGCCAAAUUAGCCGGUCAAAUCAUCCAGGACCCUGGCAUUCCAGUCGCAGCCCCAACUGUCUCAGCUUGGCAAGAACCGGCGCAUCCUAUCGCGACUAUCCAGUCCGACAAGCUGCCACAGCGCACUGAUUUUGCCAUUAUCGGUUCUGGUAUCACCGGUACCAGCGUUGCCAAAACACUCCUUGAGAAUGAACUAGCACGCGAUAAGACGAUCACCAUGUUUGAAGCUCGGUCUCUAACUACCGGAGCAACCAGUCGUAAUGGGGGCUUUCUGCUGAGCCAUGCUCCGCCGUUCUUUAAAAGUUAUGCCGAGGCUUUGGGGAUCGAUGCUGCUAGAGAUAUCGCCCUGUUCUGCGACCGCACACUGGAAAGUAUCGUUGAUAUGGCCAAGGCCGAGAACCUUGAUAAGGCAAGCCAGAUCAGAGACGUCACGACGAUCGCUAGCUUUGAGCAUCAGGAAGGUUUCGCCGAGGUGACUGAGUCUAUUCGCAUGUACGAAGAGGCUAUUCCUGAGGCUAAGGGGAAGUAUACAAUCAUAGACAAGGAUACAGCAGAGAAGGAAUAUCAUCUCCGGAAGUCUAGCGGUGCUCUGGUCGUUCAAUCUCGCGUUUUCUGGCCAUACAGACUGGUCACAAAUCUUCUGCAGCGCCUUCUUCAACUUUAUCCAGAGCAGUUCGCAAUCGAGACCCAGACACCAGUAAUUUCAAUCACAAUUGAUGAGGCUGACACCGAAUACCCCUACAUAUUAACAACUCCCCGAGGAACAGUACGAGCCGCAAAGGUCUUCCACUGCACCAGUGGUUUUACAGGUCACCUACUGCCCAAGCUCAGGGGAGCAAUCUUCCCAUGCCGACUAUCCAUGACAACGCAGAAGCCAGGACCCCAGUGGGGAAAUCGCCCCAACUCAUGGCUCUUCCAUACGAAGCAAUCAUAUGACCCGAACACCACCUUAGUCGAACAAGGCCUAUACUGGAUGCAGCAAAACGCAGAAACCGGUGAUCUGUUCGUUGGAGGCGACCUGCAGAGGCUGGACGAUUUCCUGUCUUCGGAUGAUUCGGUCAUCAGUGCUGACUCUGCGAGGAACCUUACUGACUUGCUUCCUAAGAGGCUCUUUAAGGAAGGCUGGACCAAUCCCAUCACGAAUACUACAAUGACCUCCGCCACUGCCCUUCAUAGAAUCUGGUCUGGGAUCCUCAGCAUGACGGCCGAUCAAGUCCCGAUUGUAGGUAGUGUGCCGACGAGUAUCAGCGGUAGAAAUGUUGAAGGGGGAGAGUGGAUCGCGGCUGGCUUCAAUGGAUAUGGCAUGUCACAGUUCUGGUGGACUUGGAUUUGCCAUGAGUACUAG